GGAACUCUCGCCGAUAAAAGUUUCCAGUUUCACCCACCAUCAUCGCUUUUCAGGAAACCUAACACUGACAAAACUGCACGAAUUCUAAAGAACAGUAAAUACCCACCACUCCAAUUCUAGAGAGAUGGCGGAGGAUGCCAUGGAAACGGAGAUGCCUAAUGGUGGCGGAGGAACAGGGAGGUGUUUGAGCAGCUUUGUUGACGAAGGUAGCACAGAGAGUCACAGAUACUACUUAUCACGUAGAACUCUGUUGGAGAUGCUCAGAGACAGAGGUUACGAUAUCUCAAAUUCGGAAAUCGACCUCACUCUCCAGCAGUUUCGCGACCUCCAUGGUCAAGCUACCGACGUCGAUCGUCUUCGUAUCAGCGCUUCUCAUGUUUCUGACCCCCACAAUAAGGUUCUAGCGGUUUUCUGUGGGACGGGUGCAGUAAAAGUGAACGUCAUCCGUUGGAUUGCAACACAGAUAAUGAACAAGGAGACAUUAAGCCGGCUCAUAAUUGUAGUGCAAAGUCACAUUACAAACCAGGCUAUGAAAGCCGUAGAUCUUUUCUCAUUCCCGGUUGAAAUAUUCCAAAUAACGGAUUUGCUUGUUAACAUUACGAAACACGUGUUGAAGCCAAAGCAUAGGGUUAUAACCCCUGUAGAGAAAGAAAAACUCUUGAAGAAGUUCAACUUGAACGAGAAACAGCUUCCGAGAAUGUCACAAAAGGAUGCGAUCGCUCAGUAUUACGGGCUGGAGAAAGGACAGGUGAUUGAAGUGACGUACAAUGGUGAAAUAACGGGAUUGCAUGUUACUUACCGUUGCAUUUGGUGAUGCUCUUAUCGUAAUAAACUAGGGGUUGGUUGUUUGUUUGUAUGCCAACGAUCUUUGAUUAUGUAGAACAUUUUCUUUCUGUAAACGUGUUCCGAGGGAGUAGCCCGUUUAUUGAACAAUUUCCUAUCGUAAAGCCGUUUGUAAGUUAUUUAGGUCAUGUGUGUUAGAAGGUUUGUUCUCAAGAGUUCGAAGUCGUCACGUGCUCGAGUUUUCUGUAUGAUGGUAUGAGUUCAAUCCCACUAUUGGAUUCCUACAUCGGCUGGACUUAGAUAAUUUAUUCUCAA